AUGAGUGUCGAACGACGAUAUCAUAGAGCAUCCACAUUAGCAAAUGAAUUAGUAUUAGUUGUUGGUGGAUAUAACAGAGGUGGUUAUCUCAAUAGUGCUGAAUUGUACAAUCUAUCAACAGGCACUUGGAUAACCACAGGAAACAUAAAUGUCGCACGACAAUAUCACGCAGCAUCCACAUUAGCAAAUGGAUUAGUAUUAGUUGUUGGUGGAUACAACAGCACUAGCACUCUCAAUAGUGCUGAAUUGUACAAUCCAUCAACAGGCAAUUGGACAAUCACAGGAAACAUGAAUGCUGUACGAAGAUAUCACACAAUAUCCACAUUAGCAAAUGGAUUAGUAUUAGUUACUGGUGGAUCCAACGGCACCAGUACUCUCAAUAGUGCUCUCAAUAGUGCUGAAUUGUACAAUCCAUCAGCAGGUACCUGGGAAAUCACAAGAAAUAUGAGCGUCGAACGACGAUAUCAUACAGCAUCCACAUUAGCAAAUGGAUUCGUACUAGUUGCUGGUGGAUCCAACGGCACUAGUGCUCUCAAUAGUGCUGAAUUGUACAAUCCAUCAACAGGCACUUGGAUAACCACAGGAAACAUGAAUGUCGCACGACAAUAUCACGCAGCAUCCACAUUAGCAAAUGGAUUAGUAUUAGUUACUGGUGGUGAUGGAUUGAAUGGUCGUCUUAGUUUCAAUAGCACUGAAUUGUACAAUAUAUCAACAGGUACUUGGAUAACUACAGGAAGGAUGAAUGCCGCACGACAUUAUCACACAGCGUCCACAUUAGCAAAUGGAUUAGUAUUAGUUGUUGGUGGAACGAGCGGUGGUCGUCAGCUCAAUAGUGCUGAAUUGUACAAUCCAUCAACAGGCAACUGGACACCUACAGGAAACAUGAGUAUCGCACGGCAAGAUCACACAGUAUCUACAUUAGCAAAUGGGAAAAUAUUAGUUGCUGGUGGACAGAGCAAUACUCCUAUCAAUAGUGCUGAGCUUUAUCAUUCGAUGUAG